AUGGCCUCAGCAGCCCAGACCGCCACACCUGACGCGGGCAUGGUCGGUCUCUUCGACACGGUCGCCACCAACUUCAAAAAGACCAAGCUUGGCGACGAGCGGUGGUUCAUCCUCGUGACGGCCUGCAUGGUCGCCGGCCCGGACCCGGAGGCCGCCUCGCAGCUGUACCAGCACCUCUGCAGCCAGCCGCAGUACAGCACGUCCGAGGCUCGGCAGGCGCUCGUCCGCCGGCUCCGCGAGGCCCUGCUCAAGGCCGUCUCCAUCGUCGGCGUGUGCAAGCCCCUCGAGGCCAUCCUCGCCAUCAACGCCGUCGAGCGGCCCGAGGACAAGGACUACUCGUCCACGCGCGAGGGCUGGCAGUGCGACGACGCCAACCUGGACCGCGGCAUGGACUGGUACCGCAAGAUCUACGCGCGCAACGCGUCCGACACCAUCGGCCUGUUCGACGCGCACAAGGACUUUGCGUGGAUCUCCAAGCACAUCACGUACGGCCUGUACCUGAGCGACCGGCAGGUGCUCGACGACCUCGACACGGAGCUCGUCGUCUUUGGCGCCAUCAUGGCGCAGAACCUGCCGACCGAGACGUGGUGGCACAUCCGUGGCACGCGGCGGAUCGGGGUGUCCAAGGAGGACACGCAGACGCUGUGGGAGACCAUCCACACUAUCAUGGGCCACUGGGGCAUCAAGCUCCACAAGGUGCCUACGGUGGACGAGGUCGAGCCCGACGUCUAG